CAGUUAUAAAAUAAUUAUCAGGGUACAUAUAUCUUGCUUCUUGGUAAUUGCUUUGGUAAUUGACAUUCCUGUCAUUCAAAAGAACUAAGAAGUUUUUAAUAUUUAUGUGUGUUGUAUAACUAUUGUUUUUACUUAAUAGUAUUUACAAUUGUGAUUGUUACAUUUUUGGGAUAAAUUAAUUUACAUCCGUGUUUCAAAGGUAAAGGAUCUUUCAAUAUAACUCAAAAUGAUUGAAAUCACUUGUAAUGAUAGAUUAGGAAAAAAAGUCAGAGUAAAAUGUAAUCCUGAAGAUACAAUUGGUGAUUUAAAAAAAUUAAUCGCGGCUCAAACAGGAACUAAAUGGGAAAAGAUAAUUUUGAAGAAAUGGUACACAAUUUUCAAAGACCAUAUUAGACUCGGAGAUUAUGAAAUUCAUGAUGGCAUGAACAUAGAACUCUACUAUCAAUGAAUUUAUGUAGCAGAAACAGACUGUACAUUUUUUUUUUUACUUAAUACAUAAUAUAAUUUAACUAAUAAAGAUAACUUUUUAAAAUAA